GGCAAACAGGACCCAGUGCUCCUAGGAGUCCGGCCAGAAACUGCCCUGGAAACGCGCCUCUUAGCACGCAAACUUCAUUUCCCAGACGCCCUAGCGAGCCAUCGGACAUGCCCGAACCUAUAAAAGCUCAGGCAGCGCCCUCUGUAGCGAAUCCCCCCGCGGACUGCAGGCUGGCCGGAAAGAGUUGUUGAUCAGAAUGGCUUCAGGACGGUUUUACCUGUCCUGCAUGCUGCUGGGGUCCCUGGGAUCACUGUGUAUCCUCUUCACCACCUACUGGAUGCAGUACUGGCGUGGCGGCUUUGCCUGGGAUGGCAGUGUGCACAUGUUCAACUGGCACCCAGUGCUCAUGGUCUCUGGCAUGGUGGUACUCUAUGGAGCUGCCUCGAUGGUGUACCGCCUGCCCUGGUCGUGGGUAGGGCCCAAACUGCCCUGGAAAGUUCUCCAUGCAGCACUGCACCUGCUGGCCUUCACCCUCACUGUUUUGGGGUUGGUUGCCGUCUUUCGGUUCCACAGCCAUUCAAAAAUCACACACCUCUACUCCCUGCAUAGCUGGCUGGGCAUCACCACCGUCAUCCUCUUCGCCUUCCAGUGGUCCAUGGGCUUUGCCAUCUUUCUCCUGCCCUGGGCAUCUCAGUGGCUGCGAAGCCUCCUGAAACCUCUGCACGUCUUCUUUGGAGCCUGCAUCCUUGCCCUAUCCAUCACGUCUGUUAUUUCCGGCAUCAAUGAGAAGCUGUUCUUUGUUUUGAAAAAUGCCACCAAGCCCUACUCCAGCCUGCCUAGUGAGGCAGUCUUUGCCAACAGCACCGGGCUCUUGGUGGUGGCUUUUGGCCUACUGGUUCUCUAUGUUCUUCUGGCUUCACCAUGGAAGCGUCCAGAUCCAGGAGCGCUGACUGACAGACAGUUGCUGCUUCAACUGCUGCCUGGAUCCCGCCCUUUCCCUGUGACUUACAUGCCUGCCCCGCUCAGGCAACCCUAUGAGCCCUGGUAAACUGUUCUCCCAAGAACAGACAGCCUGACCCUAGAGUCCCAAGUGUUGGGUAACAGGUUUCGGUGGCCUUCCUUUCUGUCCCCUUGUGGGUGUGGGUUUUCCUGCCUCCUCUAGUCACGCUCUUCCCUGACAAGGCCCAGCCCACUAUGAAACUGAAAGCGGCAUCAUGAAGCAAUUUGCUGGACAGAGUCCUGGGAACCACUGCUGCCUUCGAGGUGUUCCUUGUUGAGUACUGGGAGCUUUUGUCCCCACCCCCCAUCCCCGCCGAGGCCACCCAGCCUCCCUCCAUGGUAUGCCAGAGUGUGUGCUUUGAUCUUCUCCUGAAGAGAAACUGGGUAGAGGGAGGAGUCUUGCCCCUCUCCUUUGUAUUGGCCUGUGGCACUUCAUGCCUUCUCAGAUCAGACGGCCAGGUCCCCACUGCAGACCACUGUACUUAGCAGACCCGUAGGAGGAGUUGAGUUUCUGCACUCCCUGCAGAUAGUGACCAGGCUGAACUUCAACCCUGCCACCAGAAGUUGGCAGGAGGCCUGGCAUAGACUUCCUGACCAAAUGAAGCCUACACACCAUUGGUAUCACUGCUGGGCACAUUGGACAUGACCACCUCCCCUGGUUUUCUACUUCUUCAUGAAUCUGAUUUUUAUUAAAUAUGUUUUUAAACACUAAA